AGUUAAUUUCAAAGGAAACAAAACUGAGGUCAGUGCAGUCUCACUUUCUCUCUGCAUUUGAGUGCAGGAAAAUGGCUCAGGCCAGUAUUUCAGUAGAUCAGGACGAGUUCAUCUGUCCAGUGUGUCUGAAUCUCCUGAAGGAUCCGGUUACGAUCCACUGUGGUCACAGUUACUGUAUGGUGUGUAUUAAUGACUACUGGGAUCAGGAAGAGAAGAGCGGAGUGUGUCGCUGUCCUCAGUGCAGAGGCACUUUCACUCCGAGGCCUGUUCUCCGCAGAAACAACAUGCUGGCUGAAGUGGUGGAGAAACUGAAGAAGACUGAAGUCCAAGCUGCUUCUCCUGCUCACUGUUACACUGGACCUGGAGAUGUGGAGUGUGAUUUCUGCACCGGGAGAAAACACAAAGCCGUCAAGUCCUGUCUGAUGUGUCUGGCCUCCUUUUGUGAAACUCAUCUGAAACCUCACUAUGAAGUUCCUGCUUUGAAAAAGCACAAGUUAGUCGAAGCUUCUGGAAAUCUACAAGAGAAGAUCUGCUCUGAGCAUGAUAAAGUGCUGGAGAUCUACUGUCGUACUGACCAAAGCUUCAUCUGUUAUCUGUGUAUGACGGAUGAACACAAAAGCCACGACACCGUCUCAGUUAAAGCGUACAGAACUGAAAAACAGAGUGAGUUAAAGGAGGAGCAGAUGAAAUCCCAGCAGAGAAUCCAGGAGAAGCAGAAGAAGGUGCAGGAGCUGAAACAGACUGUGAACACUAUAAAGCUCAGUGCACAGACAGCAGUGGAGGACAGUGAGAGGAUCUUUACUGAGAUGAUCAGCUCCAUGGAGAAAAGGCGCUCGGAGGUGACGGAGCUGAUCAGAGCUCAGGAGAAGGCUGAACUGAGUCGACCUGAACGACUCCUGGAGCAACUGGAGCAGGAGAUCGCUGAUCUUCAGAGGAGAGUCACUGAGCUGGAGCAGCUUUCACACACACACGAUCACCUCCACUUCCUCCAGGAAAUAAAGGUUUUAGUCUCCGGCCGUCGCUCGCCCGAACGUAAAAGACCAGAUUUUCAGUCUGAUCUCUGUGAGGACUCACGCAGCAUCACUGUCAGUAAACAUCUCUCAUUUGAUGGAGUGAGGGAAUCUCUCUCUGCUCUGAAAAAGAGACUCGAGGAAUUCUGCCAGGAGGAAUUCAUCAGAAUCCCUGAACACGCUGCAGCAGUUCACAUCAUUUUACCCCCAGAACCAAAGAGCAGACAAGACUUUCUGCAGUAUUUCUGUGAUCUGACUCUGGAUCCCAACACAGUAAAUAAUUACCUCAUUCUGUCUGAGAGGAACAGAGCGGUGACGUACAGUGGGAGAAAGCAGCAGUACUCUGAUCAUCCAGAGAGAUUUGACUCCAUAUCAGUCUCAUAUAAAGACAUCAGCAGGAAAGGACCGGGUAAUGAGCGUGGGUUUGGACGCAACAAUCAGUCCUGGAGUCUGUGGUGUUCUUCUUCUUCUCUCUGUUUCUGGCACAACAACAUUAAAACUGAUCUCGGAGUUCCAUCGUCCUCCAGAAUAGGAGUGUAUGUGGAUCACAGUGCAGGAACUCUGUCCUUCUACAGCGUCUCUGACACGAUGAAGCUCCUCCACAGAGUCCACACCACAUUCACUCAGACUCUAUACGCUGGAUUCUGGCUCGGCUAUUGUGGCUCAACUGUGAGAUUACGUGAUCCAAAAUAAAAUAUCAGAAAUGUGAUUUUAUUGAAUUAAAAUGAGCAAAAGUAUCAUCUUUACUCAAAUAUAGAUAUAAUAUGAGUAAGUUAUUUUAUAUUUCCUAAUGGUCAUUAAUACUGUUAUAGCUUCUUUAUUCUGUCCUUUAAGAGAUUUUAAUGUUAUGAUAAUGUGGCUAUUAUUGGAAAAAAAACAUCCACAUUGUUCCUUAUUUUGUUUCUGAAUAAAACUAUUAUACUAAACACAUGCUAUAAUAGCUGGUGUGUGUUUUUAUUAGUAUUAUUUCAAAUAAAUUAUUUAGGUUUCCGGUUCAGAAUAUUAUUAGACUGGUGUUCUCGUGUCUCACAUCUACCAAAUUUAUAAUGUAAUCUCAGAUUUUUUAAAAAAAAUAAAUAAAAAAAUAAAGAAUCGUG